UCGCAAGUUUUCUUGAAGAAAAUAAAAAAGUAGUGUUUCGUGCUUAAGAAAAUUUGAAUUGCAUGCAGGCAUUUAUAAUUGCUCGGCUCACGCGUAAAUUUCGUUUUGUACUUUUUUAUACGCUGAUUUGACACAAAAUUUUUUAACAGGGAUUUAUUAAAUAACGAGAUUUUUUAUUUACGUUAAGUAUUUCAUAGAGCACGGUUUUUAUUCUUACCUCCUCGGUAUUGCAAAUAAUAUACAAAAAAUGCGGCUGAAACAAAUAACCCUUUUUAUGUAUUUCCGCCUCUUACUUCAUCAAAUGAAUUCACGUUACGUACAUACAUAAUUCGCCCGCGCUUUUUCUUGCUUAUAAUAGCACGAAUACUGAUAUAUUUUUAACGAUUCGAUAGUUUGAAGAUUCCGAUCUAUUAAUAUUCUAUUGCGUUUAUCAAGAUUGCUUUUAUAUGCUUUGUAUGCGUUAACAAUUUUUACGGCGUUAUUUUAUUAUGUUGAAAGUGUAACAACGUGAUGCGAUAAGGUUAAAGAUACUCGUCACAUAAUAACGUCGAGACAAAAUUAUUCCGAGAUACGAAAUGCAAGAUAAAAAGGAAACGAAUGAAGAAACUACGAAACAAGAACACGAGGAAUAUCAGUAUUUGCGGCUUAUCGAGAAAGUUAUCAAAAGUGGAACAAGAAAAGGUAAUCGCACCGGUGUCGAUACCUAUUCUAUCUUUGGCACCCAAUUGCGAUUUGGAUUACGAGAUGGUGUUUUUCCAUUAUUGACAACCAAGAGAGUAUUUUGGAAAGCAGUGGUUGAAGAGUUGUUAUGGUUCAUCAAAGGAUCAACAAAUUCUAAAGAAUUAGCAGAUAAAGGUAUACACAUCUGGGAUAAAAAUGGUUCGCGUGCUUUUUUGGAUUCCUGUGGCUUUAGCGACAGAGAGGAAGGUGAUUUAGGACCUGUCUAUGGAUUCCAAUGGAGACAUUACGGUGCAGAAUACAAAGAUAUGCAUACAGAUUAUGCAGGACAAGGAAUAGAUCAAUUGAAGGAAGUUAUUCAUAAAAUCAAGCAUUCUCCAGAUGACAGACGUAUUAUAAUGUCUGCUUGGAACCCAACUGACAUUCCAAAAAUGGCAUUGCCACCAUGUCACAAUUUUAUUCAGUUUUAUGUAAGCAAUGGAGAACUGUCUGCGCAGCUUUAUCAGAGGAGUGCAGAUAUGGGCUUAGGAGUACCGUUUAACAUAGCAUCAUAUUCUUUGUUAAUUUACAUAAUCGCUCAUGUUACUGGCUUAAAACCAGGAGAAUUUGUACAUACAAUGGGAGACUGUCACGUUUAUAUCAACCAUGUAAGCGCUCUUGAAGAACAGAUACAACGCAAACCACGAAAUUUUCCUAAAUUGAAGAUAAUACGGGAGAUCAAAGAUAUUGAUGACUUUGUUGCUGAAGAUUUUGAAUUGAUAGAUUAUAAUCCGCACUCCAAACUCUAUAUGGAAAUGGCCGUUUAAAGUAUAUUUCUUUCUUAAAACAGGGCUCGAAUAAGUUGCAGUUGUGAGUUUACAAUCAAAUACUUGCUAACAGACAGAACUCGAAAAUUAGAUUAGUCAAGAUACUGCGAAUGAAUGAUACAUCAAUG